AUGAGACAAGAUCGAGAGAAGGGGGUAAAAGACAACAAAUGACCAACUUUAAAAAAUAUAUAAAUAAUAAGUUGUAUACAAAUCCCUUUCAUUUGAAACGUUAAUCAUUACAGGCAAUACUAUAGCUACAAUGUCAAUUGCACAAUUGGUUCUGUGUUAAUUGGUUCUGUAUCCUGAUUGUCUAUGGCGUCAGAUGAGUGCCAAAUCGAGAUGGAGCACGCGAGCAAGAAUAUACAUCACAGAACGAGCAGAUUUGUAUCGCAUAAACUACUUUGAGCGUGCAUAAGUUGGGCUGGAAAUUAAACUUGAGAGCUUGAAACAUUGAUAUUGAACAAGUUGAAAAUCGUUGUUGAAUGCAAUAAUUUAGUCCGAGAGAUUUUUUUCCCCCUGAAGAAGCAUUUAUCAAAUGGGAAAACUCAGAUGUUUCUGCACUCUCACGAAUACACCCGGCCUAUGCAUGAAAGUCUCAUCUCACACACACAAUUUCCAUUUUGCUCUCAUUGUACAUCUCACGGAGUGAAUGUUUUACAGUUCUACAUCGUGGGGCUCUGCUCCUAGUGGUUACCCAAGGUGCCAGGGUUCCGGUCUAGAAGUUCGGAUAUUGAUUGAACGAUCCGUACACGGAUCGAAGAGCUUACUCUUUCACAUUCCGAAAACCUUAAGGUGAUAUUGUAUUUAAUAAUGUAUUCCGUUUCCUUAGGGAGAAUGGUUUAAUUGGGUAGGGAUGUGAACGAGGCUUUAGACCUUCCCUGUCCACACUCCAGUUCAAUUGGUUGCGGUAAUGCAUCACUAAAGUUCGUUGCCAACCGCCAUUUAAAAACCACCGAAGAAGUGUAAACGGAAGUGAACAGUAACCAAGAACAAUAUCCACGGCAGCGUUGUUAUUGUUAUUUAGACAUUUAUCACCUUGGAACUUAAAAUAUUACUUAUGUAACUGCACAGCAUCACAUACUUACCCCGGGCAGUGUUUAAUUCGCGUUGGAGACAGGACUUGGUUGAUAGAUGUUAUCAAGGUAACGCUAGCUAGCUGCUAACGUUAGCUAACAACAAUGGCUAACUGUAGGCCUAUGGUUUUUCACACUCAAAUAGUCUCCAUCAUGGAGGUGUUAGCGAAUGCAGCCGUGGCAGACAUCUGUAAACUCGUAGACGACGACUAUGCAGUGUUUCGUUUGGAAAUAACUCAAAGUCAGAAUGAAAGCAGGGCAUUACGGAGGAAACUACAGCUACUUGAAAUGAAGGUGACACGGGAGCGCGCAGAAAGAACAACGCGAGAGCGUGCACUCUCCAGUCGUCCCAGUAGUGUCAAGAUCCUCGACCGAUACAAAGGAAUGGCAAGAGGUGAAGGACAUCUCACUGGAGGCUACAGGAGCUCUGUGAAACCAUCGGGUCACAAUACAUUGAGAGAUGACCAACCAAUCACUGUUGAUGAGGGUAGUGGAACCUCAACCCAGCAUGUUAUUGUGAUAGAGUCUGCAGAUGAAAAUGCAGCAGGUCCUGGGGUCAAGCUGGAGAGGACUGAACGAGAGAAGGACCCACGGCACCAGACUGGAGCAGCGGCUGGAGUGUCGCCCUCUGUAGCCAGUGAGGAACUCGCCACUGCGCCAAAGGCCAGGACCCGACGCAGGAUCACGGAGGAGGAGGAGAGUCCAGAGGUGCUGCUGGUGAAGGAGGAGGGGUAUGAGGAGGGUCUGGGGAACCCUGAGGGGACCAUGGUCAUGGAGGACAACCAGACUACACCACCUCCUGAACCCACAGAGGAAACAGCUGAGCAGCAUAGGACCACACACAGUCACACUGAGGAAGUAGACAUGGAGGAUGGGAAGCCUGAUCUGCUGCUGGUCAAAGAGGAGACAAUAGAAGAUGAACCAGAGAGCAUUGAUCUGCUGAGUGGACUAAAGAUGGGGGAGCAAGAUGAUUGGUUGGAGGAUAACAGAGGAGACUGGGUGGCCAUCUUCGAUUCUCAGACCCAGACUGCUGCAACCAAGGGCCCAGGGGACAACAUCACUGAGCAGGCCAGGACCAGAGGCGAGAUAGUGGAGGUCAGUGGAUGGGACAGCGACCUCAACUCUGGGCUGGGGAACAACACUGUUAACCGCAACCAGAAACAGACAGUCGAACACAAAACCACAACCGAACUUAGUCUUCAUGGCAACAGACUGGAUGAAACCAGGAUGAGGCGUAGAUUUGGUCUGCAGGGACGGGGAGGUGUCCGUAUGAGAACAGACACAGACUCGGCUAGCGAUGCUCCUUCCUGCUCCUAUAGUUGUGAUUCAGAGAGACUGAUGGGGCCUCAGGUUAACCCCCUAACAGGUGCUGCCUUCAGCCUGCCUUCUAUGGGAUCUAUCAACUGGAACAUGGACCCUGCGACAACACAGACACUCCCUGGCCUUCAUCCUCCUCACACUCUCCUAAUGUUAAACCAGACCUCAGACAAUGCCAGUGCUUCAACAUUAAAUGGCUGCACAAGCCCAUUGACAAAUGACAGUAGUAGAGAUGGAAUGAGUAAAGGUGGCAGCACCAAAGAGAAGCGCUUCCAGUGUUCGUUCUGUGGGAAAGCCUUCAGUUUCCCCAAACAGGUGGAGAUCCACCAGAGGAUGCACACGGGGGAGAAACCGUUCGGCUGCCAUCUGUGCCGGGCCAGUUUUUCUCAAUCGUCCAGCCUGAAUAGGCACCAGAGAGUCCACACAGGGGAGAAACCCUACAGCUGUACCCAGUGUGAGAAGAGGUUCUCCCGCCAGCACCAGCUGAAGAUGCACCUGAAGGUCCACACAGGAGAGAGGCCAUUUGCCUGUAUGCACUGCGGGAAGAGGUUCUCAGAGAAGAGCUACCUCAGGAUACACCAGCAGAAAAUGCACACGGCCCAUGUAUAGAGUAUAGUGACAUGUAAUGUAGUUAAUUAUGUUGUUUUUAUAUGUAGUGUGGAACUGGAUGAUGUGAACUGAGGAAAGAAUGAGUAUGAUGAGGCAGAGUAGAUGAUAUAGUGAUGGUUGGUGUGAAUAGUGUCUGUAAAAAUGCUUCACUGAUGAAGAAUGACAACCUGUCAUGUUGUUUGAUCUGGUGUUUUAUAAUGAAGAAAUUAUAGUGCCUUAAUUCAUAUUUACUUGGCAUAAAGUAGUGAAGAUGUGUGUAAGGUUGAAACUUUUCCCAAAGUAUUCUGGUUACCAUAUUGAGAAAAGUUAUUAUUCUGGUCACGUAUCGUUUUGUGCAAUAAAAGUACUGUAUUUCA